CCCAGGGAGGAAGAAGGAGAAAACAGAAUCCAUCUCUUUCGCGUUUUUUUAGAUCUUCAAAAUCAAAUUCGCCACUCUCAUUGAUUUUUCAAUUCUCAUUUCCGGUUUAGUGAUGAAAUCGAGGAAUCUAAGACCGGUGUCGAAGUUACCGGUCAAACUAGAGAUCGUCGAGGAUUUUCUGGAAGAAGAGAACGGUCCUGCUCACAAGCGAUCUAAGCUAUGGAGCAAUGGAACAAGCGUGCCACAGAACCUAAUUGAUGAGCCAAGUCCUUUGGGACUGAGCCUAAGAAAGAGCCCAUCUUUGCAAGACCUCAUUCAGAUGAGACUUUCUCAAAGCGUUAAGAAAGAAACCAUAGCCAAUGCUUCUUCUUCUUCUUCUUCUCCUUCUCUUGUCGGAACCGUUGAGAAGCUCAAAGCUUCAAACUUUCCUGCUACCCUUCUCAGGAUUGGCCAAUGGGAGUAUAAAUCAAGGUACGAAGGUGAUCUGGUGGCGAAAUGUUACUUUGCGAAACACAAACUCGUGUGGGAAGUGCUGGAACAAGGUCUUAAGAGCAAGAUCGAGAUUCAAUGGUCAGAUAUUAUGGGUUUGAAAGCAAGUUGUCCUGAAGAUGCGCCUGGAACGUUGACCAUCGUGUUGGCAAGGCGACCGUUGUUUUUCAGGGAGACUAAUCCGCAGCCUAGGAAACAUACUUUGUGGCAAGCAACAUCAGAUUUUACUGAUGGUCAAGCCAGCAUGAACAGGCAACAUUUUCUGCAAUGUGCCCCAGGGAUACUGAACAAGCAUAUAGAGAAGCUUCUCCAGUGUGAUCAUCGCUUGUUCUGUCUAAGCCGAGAACCAUCAGAGAUACAUUUUGACUCGCUCUUCUUCGAUACGCGGCAGUCUAUAUUUGAGGAUCCUUCGGUGUCUGGAGGAUCUCAGAAUAUUGCAUCGUCUCCUGUUGGUGCUCAGUCAUCAUCAGAACAUAUGUCUCUUUCUCAUGACGCACUCUCGCCUAGCUCAGUGAUGGAUGCUCGUGCAAUCGAAGGAAGAACCUGGAAUCAGAUACAAGUCCCCCCUGGACUACUACACCAAUCUAUCUCCAUGAACGACUUUCUCGCGCUUUUGUCUGAUCAAGCUAACUGCGAGGGCAGCCCUGAGUUCGAGGACAUGAAACAGUUGCUCCUAAGUGACACGCACCCGGAGACAUCGGAUGAGAAGUCUGUGAUGUCGAAGGUGAACUCUUUCUACAACCUCUUGCAGACCGCUGCUGCGAACGAUGGGAAAGAGAUGGGACUAGAUAACAGCGACAAGAGACACAAGAAUACCGAAGAAGGCAGUAGAGUUGUUGUUGAUCAUGGUUCGAGCAGCAAGCCGCAAGGCAUGUCAAGGAAAGACUCGUUUAGUGACCUGUUGGCACACCUUCCUAGGAUCACAUCCCUGCCAAAGUUCUUGUUCGAUAUUUCAGAAGAAGACGGGUGAUGAUGCCAUAGCGACUGAGGAGCGGGUGGUCGCCAUAUAAUUGAUUAAUGUGACAACAAAAGUCCAGGAGUCUUGAACAAGUAGCUGUAUAUUAAUUUCUCUCAAUGGGUUAAAAAAACCAAGAGAACUUUGUGCUCUUGUUUGUAAAAGUGUUGAUUUGUAGGAACAUGUGUUUGGUGAUGAAUCCAUGUAAGAAGAAAGUGUUUUAUGAUGGCGUUUUUUCUAAAGCCAUUUUGUUUUGAAACAUAUAUUAAAACCUAACUGUAA